UACAUUGAAAGUAUAUGUUUUGGAUUUUGAUAUAUUUUAAGUUUAUACGUGUGCGUGUAACCUGACGUGGGCUGACCUUUGCGAAACUUGAAAACCAUGUAUUUGAACAAGGUCAAAAAGACAAGCAACUCUUGAAUUUAUAAUUUAGCAUAUAAAAUUUAAUCUCGUUUGCAUUAGCCAGUAAUUUUUGUACACAUACACAGUGAAAAUAUAUAGUUGCUGCAGUUGCAUUUAUAUUUAUAUGGCGUUAUAUUUAUAAUUUGUGUAUUAAAACGGACUUCAUAUGUAAAGGAUUUUGUAAUUAUGGGGAUUAAAGAAAAAGAGAAGCUCAGUUCUCAAACUGUUGAAAAGGACAAGCUCAGUUCUCAAACUGUUGAAAAGGACAACGCCGUUGACAAUAAUACUAAGGUCAAAAAUCAAGAAGUUGUAAGAGCAAAAAUCGGUGCCGAAGGAGAGUUGCCUUUUAUUGAAAAAAUUGUUUAUUUCUCCAUCUAUUCAUAUUUCUUGGCGACAGCUGCGUACAAAAUUUACUUAUUUCCGCUAGGUAAGUUUGUAUAAUUGGUACUUUGUUUUUUGUUUACUGUAAUUAUGUAGUUACAUAGGUAGUGGGGAUGAGUCUGGUUUGACUAGCUCACUGGCAUUUGUUAUGGGGUUAAGGUGUUAUUAAGGGAUUAUGACACCAGAUGCCAAGGUUAUUGACAUCACCUGCAACAAGUGAGAUAGCCAAACCCAUACAGGUUGGACACUGGAUCCCAAUAUGUAAACGUUACAUGUCUGACACAGGUUAGGAUGAAGGCUGGUUAAAUUCAACCUGAUACUCAAGGUCUUAAUUACCUCCGCUACCCCCUGAAACCCUGGGGGUGUAGGGGUAGCACAGGUGAAGACCCUGAGUAUUAGGUUGGGUUAAAUUUAGGUCAGGGUAAGUUGCAGGCAAGGUUGUGAAAGUUGUAUGUAUGCACAAGGUAUGCACACAUAAAAUUGUGUCAGAUAAAUAAUUCAUGAAACGUUAGUGCCAACUGAAAGGAGCCAAUUUAAGUCAGUCCAUUUAUUGGUGUGAUAGGCCCCUGCCCUUCCACCAUACACCUUUAGGCGUAAAAAAAAUACCUGUGGUUCCAGUUUCAUAUCGUGAAAAAAAUAGGGUCGGUAGGUUGGAAAUAAUUUUUUUUUGAAUAUUUUUUUCAUGGUUUUGGCGGGUUUUGCUGGGCGAUUUGCAGUAGAGUCCUGACAUCAAUAUUAAAUUAGAGAUGCAUAUUUCCUAUGGACGAAUUUAGGCAAUUUGGUUCAAUAAUUAGUGUGACAACAGACGCCAUUUUGGCACGCUAUGUAUGAGCAGCCCGCAACCACCCGGAGAAAAUAGGGUCGCAUGGUCAAUCACGUUGAAAGAAUAAUGGGGUCGGCAGAAAAAAAAUAGGGUCGGUGGGGAACCGGAACCACAGGUAUUUUUUUUUACGCCUUAACACCCUACAACAUUUAAUUGUAAUAAUUCCUACAGAAAAGCCUGAGGAGUUGUACUCAGAGGAUUUUGAUGAUGGAUGGACAUUUUUAGGAAGAAAGAGGGUUGGUGUCACAUUCUUAAAUUUUCUUCAGUGAAAACCUCUGCAUAUGUGUAGAUGAUCAUCCUAAGUUUCUCCAAGGGUCCCUUUGCCCCAGUCUAAUUGUUAUGUUACCAAGUAACAUAUUGCUACCCAGCUGUUGCUGCAAAUUUCAUAUAUGCCAUAAACUGUGUCAUAGUAAGCUAUCAGGCUUUCAUUAAGUUGGAAACAAAAUGCUGUAGCUACUUAUUUGUUAACCCUUUAAGUGGCAAUGUGCCCUGAUGCACCAUACUUUACUGUUUUUACUCUGCAUGUCUUAAAAUGCCAGACGAUUUUACUUAUUGAGGGGGGAGUGCUGCCACUGAAUGGGUUAAUUAGCAGACUAUAUUUGCCUAAUGAAGGCUUAUGAAGCAUCCUGUUAACCCUGUAGUAAUGUGCCCUACUUUACUGUAUUACUCUGUCUAACUCCAGAUGAUUUUACUCAUCAAGGGUCAGAGUGAUGCCACUCGAUCAUUAUGGGUUAAUCAGUUAAAUAAAUAUUUAAAAGGCUUAAGAAAUUAUUGGGGAUGAUGUCAGAGAUGAUGAUUGAUGAUCAGUUAUGGUGAUGAUGAUUAUAAAAUAUAACUAUGCCACAUGUUUACAGUUGUGCUUGAAUGGUUAAUUUUAUCCUUAUUUAUACAGUAUUGAUUGCAAUAUUUGGCAGGAUAAGUCAGAUUUUGAAUGGCAAUUUUGGAUUGGUCAAGCCAUAAAUCUCAUAAUAGCAUCAUCACUUCAUUCAUUUGGCAACCGUUUGGUGUCUUGGUUAUAUCCACAGGUAGCUACCCAACAAAUGUUUAAAGAAACUAUACAUAUAAGAUUAUUAUAAACUAAGUUGUGCCAAUUAAAAUUUCUUUGAUGAAAAUUAUCUCUAAUUAAGAAAGAUUGUCAUCAUUCUUCAUUCUUCCUUUUAGCACCGAAUGUUAUUUUUUGCCAUGUUUCAAUUGGGAUUUCUAUCUAUAAGUAUUGGCUGGAAACCAACGCUGGUAUUUGUGGCACAUAACGUGCUUUACUACAUUGCUGGAAGGACAAGAUCAACUUUGUUUUGCUGGUUCGUGGGAUUGGCACUUGUUGUGUCGUUUAUUUCAGUUGAUAGGCUAAUGCAUUUGCAGGUUGGUCUGUAUUACAUAAAUCAAUAAUUAUAGAAUGAAAUGAAAUACAAUACAAUGCAAUGCAUUGAGAAACUCAUUAAUAAUUCAUGAAGAAAACAGAAAAGAAAUCAUGACCGUGAAGGAGUUUGUAUAUCUGAUACUAAUUCAUGCUGAUUUACAUAAACUUUUAAGUUCAAUUUUCUCACCAAAUAUCUCAUUCAUUUAUUUUAAAAUGUUCUCAUCAAGACGUUUCACAAGCUUAUAUAUUUACAACAUUCGCGUCCGCCCAUGUUCGGUGUGUUGUAUCGGAUAUACAAACUCUCGCCUUGAAUUUCAGCUCAAGUUUGUCGGUAAAUAGUACAUACUGCAACACAACACGUACAACGCAAUACAAUUCAACAGAAUACAAUACAAUUAUAUAAAAGGUACAAUAGAAUACAAUGCAAUGCAAUAUAAUGUGAUGAUGCAAUACAAAUAACGCAAUACGAUGAAACUACAGUUCAAUACAGUUAUAAAAUGGUGAAUAUGUAUAAUGAUUAAAUAUAUCCAUCUUUUAUAUGUCUUUAUAGUUUUACACAUUCAGUAAGAACACAAAUGAAGGCGAUUUCGUUCUUUUUACAUCCCUCAUGUGUCAAUUGAGAGGAAUGAGUUUCUGUCUGGAUUGUUGUUUAUCAGGCGCAAAGAAAGAUAAAGGCAACGCCAAUGGCAAUGAGGAUAAAGACGAAGUCAAAUAUGGUUUUAUUGAUUUACUGGGAUAUAAUUUUUAUUUACCAUUAUUUUGUAAUGGACCAGUAGUACUUUAUGAUGAAUUUUACAAACAGGUAUAUAUAACUUUACUUUCACUUUACUUUGAUAUGUUAAUCAUAUAAAAAUCACAUUCAGUUAUUCAGCCACGCCAAGGCCGUUAAUGGAACGGUCAACUGUGACAUGUGUACGCAUUUGCGUACCUAUUUUUACAAUUAAAAACUUGUUGUUGCAUGCUAAGUCUUAAUUUGACCCAUUUUAUCGAAGUCACGCGAAAUUUUGCUACCAGUCUAAUAAGGAUUGACAUCAAGGAAGAACAGUUUAGAAUUGAUAUAUCCUGUGGCUGGUUGGUUGUUGGAAAGCCGGCUAGCUUACUCCUAGGUUAACGAAAAACCUUCAGUGCAAUCUUGCAAACUGCUUCUUUAUAAACAUAAAAACAUUUUUCCAGAAAUUAUGUCAGAAGUGUUUUUUUGUAAAGUUUUCAAAUAAACGGACAUACAGAAAAGCACAACAGCAGGUUAAAUUCAGUGUUAACCUAAUCCAGUUUGAACUGGCCGCUGCAGUAUAACAGGCGUCAUGAAAGUUGGUAAUUAACUAAUUAUUCAUUAGUCAAACUUAUUAAGCGCAAUGUACCAUACUUUGUAAGACGAUCCAGAUGGGUUGACAACAGUAUGGCUAUUUUGGACUCAUCAAGCAGCAAUGCGCCCUGAUGCUCCUUACUUUCUUAUUUUGCCAAACUUGUUAAGUGCGCCAGGAUUGCGCCUUGUUAUUUCACGCGGUGUCUAAUGGCAGACCAUUUUAAUACUAAAGAAGAAGUACUCGGUAUUGAUGGUUCAAUUCAAUCUUAGGUCAACAAGCCACCAAAACCGCUCUCAAGAGAAGUUCUAGCUUCCUUCCUAUGGGAUGCCAUCAGAACGUUGUUCUGGUAUAUAGUUAUGGAACUCGGCUAUCACUUCCUGUAUAUCAAUUCGCUGGCACGCGACCCAUAUCUCGUAGAGAACGUACCAGUAUUAAUGUCAACAGGACUUAUGUAUAUACUUGUGUUGCUAUUCUCUAUCAAAUAUGUGGUGUUCUAUCGAGUUGCUGGGAUGUACUCGAGACUGGAUGGUAUAUCACCACCUGAUAUUCCGAAAUGCGUUUUGAACAUUUAUUCGUUUACUGUUAUGUGGAAGUAAGUAUAAUGCGGUAGAUUAUGAAUCUACUUAAAAACUAGUGGGUUAACUCUGUCUGAUAACAAAAUAGAAGGCCUUUGUCUGAUGUUGAAGUGUACCUCACCUUGCACCAUAGACAAUCCAGAAGACAUGUGGAUGUCUGACAUGUGAAUGUCUGACAUGUGAAUGUCUUCUGGAUUGUCUACGCUUGCACAAAUCAUUUGUCUCAAAUAUUAUUCAACGUGGUUGCACGUUUCAUCCCAGCUAUCCAUACUGGACGAUUACUUCAUAAAACGAAAAUGAGCUCAAUCACGUACUGUGACCGUGCAUAAAACAUAUCACACAGUUUUAAGUUUCCAGACCAUCAUUUCUUGACAGACUAUGGUUGCAUCUUGGUCAGAGCUAUCCCUAUGGUUGCAUCUUGGUCAGAGCUAUCCAGUAUAGACCCUUUGCACUGACGUCACAAAUCUUUAGUGUGUCCUCCAGAUGCUCCCUAACAAUAUCUGUUCGGGUACAACAACCACAUACAGCGCAAAAACUAACCAUUUUGAUACAAAAUUAUUAUAAAGUUAAUUUACACUAAAUUAAUUGCUAAUUUGUUCUCCAGAUGCAUCAUCACCGGCGCUGUGACGUCAUGUGCAAUGGGUCUAUAAGAUCCAGUUUAGUAUUGGGUUCCCCCUCUACUGUAGUAACAGAACUAAUGACAGCUAUCCAUAUACAAUAUUAAUAAAGUUAGUUUAGUUUAGUUUUUCCAUCAUUUGGUUAUGAUAAUGUCCUACUAACUGCUAGCGUUUUUCAAUGUAUAGAACAUUUGACAAAGGAUUACAUCAUUGGAUUAUGAAGUAAGUGUUGCACUUUCCACUUAAACUGACAAUGUUUCCUAACAAAGUAGUGAAAUAAGAAUUUAGCUAGUAGCAAUACUUUACACAUAUCCCUCAUACCCUAGUUUUCUCUGUUCCAGAUAUAUUUACAUACCACUUGGCGGCUCCAAGCAUGGUAUCUUUAGACAAGUAAUUAGUUCCGUGGCAACGUUUGCUUACGUAUAUUACUGGCACGGCGCAUAUGAUUAUCUUUUAUACUGGGCUGUUCUACAGUGGUUUGGUGUGUUUUUGGAAGCCAUGGCUGCCAAAUUAUUGAAGACUAAAACAUUACAGCAUUUAGAGGUAAGUGUUGAACUUAAAACUUCGGAUAGCUCUGUCAGGUUCAAACUCAUCCUCGUUCCCAGGGCUUCUCGGCUGCCUGCGUAUAGGCAGAAUGCUUCAAUGCUUCUACAUGCAUCCAGUAUAAAUGAGUUUAGGUUUCCUCCUAGCUCAUAGACUAUCACCUUUUUCGAACCUGCCAACCCUAGAGAUCCAGAAACUGAAUUUCCUGGAGAAAACAUACGGUUUUGGUAAGACGAAAUUAUUUACUGAGACAGCUGUCCUCUGGCAUACGUACUACAGCUAUUGAUUUCCAGUCGCAGACGUGAAUGACAUAUUAACUCAAUACUGUGUGACCAACACUCAACAGCCCAUAUAUGUAAACACUCAGAAAGCAGAAAACAACAUUAUUUUAAAUCUUUUAGUACGAUAUUCUCUCGCCAUCCGCAACUAGACGUCUUCAUGCUAUAGGUGGUGGUAUUACGAUCGUCGCAGCCAUACUGAGUAACUGUGUCUUCCUUGUCAGUCAUCAGUCUGUGUUGGCCUACCUCAAAGCUGUAUUUAUCAAAGGUAUUGUAUGUAAUCCGAAAAUGAGGACUGGACGGGAUUUCGAUUGUUCCAAUUCAAGGUGCAUGACAACCUUGUCCCCAGGAUCAUCGUCUUCUUGCAUGAAAUUAAAUCCUGUCGAGCGGAAUCCAGCGGGCGAUUUUCGUAACCGGCUAAUGCUAUGUCCAUGUUUUUAUUGAUCUAGGUGGAAUAUGGACAAUACUACGCUUUGCUAUGGUCACUUACUGUUUGGUACAAGUUAUUAUGGAAGUCGAACUGCGCACAAAAGAGGACAAGAACUCCAAGAAAAAUUUGUAAUCAUAAUUUUUUAAGAGCGAAACUCUGGUUUUAUUCAAUAAAAUUGAUUUGAAUACACAAUCUCAACUUAUUCCUAAGAAGAGCUGAUUCAUGUAAUGCUGUUUACAGUACAAGUACUGUACAAGUGUAAUGAUGCACUGCAUUGUAAAAAAUACUCUCGUGAAUUCAAAAUGGUCAAAUGUAAAUACUUGCAAUUAUUAUCGUAACAUGGUCUUGCAAUUACAGUAGUCAUAUACUGACUUUGGCAAUGAAGAACGUUUCCUCGUAUGAAACUGAAGGCCGUUUUCCACUAGGCGGGAGCGGAAUUUUUCUUUGUCUUAUAUUUCUCGGGUGGAACUAAUUAGAAAAGACAAGAGAAAUUCCUCUCCGUGCGCAAAAUUCCGCCUAGUGGAAAACGGCCAUAAAGCCCAUUUUCCACUAGACGAACUUUAUUUCACGAGGGAAAACGUAUUAACCAUAAAAGUUAUCUAACAUACGGCCCUCGCACUAUUUUGAUAUUUACAGGCAUAAAAAGUAUAAAAGUAGGAAAAAGUAGGAACUGAUCCAAUUUUUUCGCUGACCAAUCACAUUGCCAAGAUUUAUUUUUCGCUUUGCGAGAACUAAUUCGCCUAGUGGAAAACGGGUUUAAUGUUUCCUCGUAUGAAACUAAUAUGAUGAUUUAGCGCUCGAGGUUUCGAACACAGUGGGUUUAGUACAAAGAAUAAAUUAUACUAUACAAUACAUCGAUAUUUAUAUUACUGUUACCUGUGCGUGUAACCUAACGUGGGCUGACCUUUGCGGAACUCAAAACCCCUUAUAUUGAAACAAGC